ACAUCCUCCCUUAUCUCUACCCCAGCGGCUAGGGUUUUACCGAAGCAAACUCCCUCCUCAGGUGAAAACUAAGGCUGCAUCAUGGGUAAGGAGAAGGUUCACAUUAACAUUGUUGUCAUCGGUCAUGUCGACUCUGGAAAGUCGACAACCACUGGUCACUUGAUCUACAAGCUUGGUGGUAUUGACAAGCGUGUGAUUGAGAGAUUCGAGAAGGAGGCAGCUGAGAUGAACAAGAGGUCAUUCAAGUAUGCUUGGGUGCUUGACAAACUCAAGGCUGAGCGUGAGCGUGGUAUCACUAUUGAUAUUGCUUUGUGGAAGUUUGAGACAACCAAGUACUACUGCACUGUCAUUGACGCACCUGGACAUCGUGACUUCAUUAAGAACAUGAUUACUGGAACCUCUCAGGCUGACUGUGCUGUUCUUAUCAUUGACUCCACUACUGGUGGUUUUGAAGCUGGUAUUUCAAAGGAUGGGCAGACCCGUGAGCAUGCUCUCCUUGCGUUCACCCUUGGUGUUAGGCAAAUGAUUUGUUGUUGUAACAAGAUGGAUGCCACAACCCCCAAGUACUCAAAGGCAAGGUAUGAUGAAAUCGUGAAGGAAGUCUCAUCCUACUUGAAGAAGGUUGGGUACAACCCAGAGAAAAUUCCAUUUGUCCCCAUCUCUGGUUUUGAGGGUGACAACAUGAUUGAGAGGUCCACCAACCUAGACUGGUACAAGGGCCCAACUCUUCUUGAGGCCCUUGACUUGGUCCAGGAGCCUAAGAGGCCCUCUGACAAGCCUCUUCGACUCCCACUUCAGGACGUUUACAAGAUUGGAGGUAUUGGAACUGUCCCUGUGGGUCGUGUUGAAACUGGUAUCCUCAAGCCUGGUAUGGUUGUCACUUUUGCUCCUUCUGGGUUGACCACUGAAGUUAAGUCUGUUGAGAUGCAUCAUGAGGCCCUUCAAGAAGCUUUGCCUGGUGACAACGUUGGGUUUAACGUGAAGAAUGUUGCUGUGAAGGAUCUUAAGCGUGGAUAUGUUGCCUCAAACUCCAAGGAUGAUCCUGCCAAGGAGGCAGCAAACUUCACGGCACAAGUCAUCAUUAUGAACCACCCUGGCCAGAUUGGAAAUGGUUAUGCUCCUGUGCUUGACUGCCACACUUCCCACAUUGCUGUUAAGUUUGCUGAGAUCUUGACCAAGAUUGACAGGCGAUCUGGUAAGGAGCUUGAGAAGGAGCCCAAAUUCUUGAAGAAUGGCGAUGCUGCUUUUGUUAAGAUGAUUCCAACCAAACCCAUGGUUGUGGAGACCUUCUCUGAGUACCCUCCACUUGGUCGGUUUGCUGUGAGGGACAUGAGGCAGACUGUUGCUGUUGGUGUCAUCAAGAGUGUGGAGAAGAAGGAUGCAUCUGGUGCCAAGGUUACCAAGUCUGCUGCCAAGAAGGGUGGCAAGUGAAUUGUGCAGGGUCUGUUCUAUUCCAGUGGGUGCUACCAUAGGUGGUACCAUAAUAAAAAUUGGGUUCUUGCUAGUAAUCCAACUGUUAAAGGUCUAAAGGUUUGUUUUGAUCAUUAUAGUUUUAAGUCGUCACCAUAUUGUCCUGGAGGCUGUUCACGGAACUGGGUUCUUGACAGGCGGUGGCGAGGCUAUCCUUUUGUUUGAGAAUUCUGUGUCGUCUAUCCUGUUCUGUUGAUUUACAAACUUUGUACUGUCAUCGGUCAUAUUAAAACUACUCUGGAGUUUUAGGUCUUUCCUUGAGCUCCUAGGAUGUUUAAUGAUUUUAUAAUAUAGUUUGGGUUUUUCA